ACGCAAAGGAGUAAAGAAGACAUGGUUACGACAGGGAAAUGUUCAAGAAGAGAGUAUUGAAGAAGAGCUCCUCUAGAAGGAUUAAAGAAGACCAGGAUGUGCUGCAGGGUACCAGUGACGCCACUGCCAACUUGAGCACGGACGUGAAGUCCGACGGUGGCGAAAAAGCUGCUGAGUUACCAGACAAGGCACCAGUGGCCGAUACAAGCGACAAUAACGACAAAGACAGUGAUGACACAAAGACAGACCCAAAAACUGGAAGCAGAGUGUCAUCUAAAGGUCCUAUAUUCAGACCGGAUACUAUGGUUGAAGAGCAAUAUCAUCAGCUUCGCAAGAACGAAAAGCUUUUAUCAGAGUCGAAGUACGCGCAGAAAAGGGAUAGAGAUGGUGACAAACUAUACUCUGGAAUGAUAUCACACAAAUCGAAAAAAGAUGAGUUAGUGAAACCCUCCAGCACACAUGUCAGACAGAACUACAUCAUGGACUACCAAGCUGAUGUGUGCAAGGAUUUCCUCAAAAAUGGUUACUGUGGAUUUGGUGACACAUGCAAAUUCUUGCACUACAGAGAGGAGUUCAAAAAAUUCUGA